AUGGCUUCGCUGCGGCAGGAACUGAAGCAGUUCGAGCAGCAGUUCCGGGCUGAGCACGGCCGGGAUCCCUCGAAGGACGACAUCAAGCAGCGACCCGACAUUGCGAAGAAGUACAGAGACUACGCGAAAUCGAAGGCGUCGUCCGGCAAGGAGGCGAAGAAGGCCUCCUCGUCCUCCUCAUCAAGUCGACCUCUGGCAGCCCCGUCCGCCUCCGCAUCAUCCUCCUCGAACCCGUUCCGGACGCCAACCAAGCCUAAGACUGCUCGCCAACGCGCACCAGCGGCAAGCAGCACGAACGAUGUCGACUUGUCUUCCGAGACGACCGCCGGACCUGCCUCUCCCUCUCGCCGACUUUCCGGUUCAAAGACGCGCGAGUCGGAAUCUCAGUCUAGCACGACGACUACACGCUACGUCCUCGCCAACUCGCCGUCCAAGAUUCGCGCCCUCGCAGCCUUACAUUCCUCGACCGGCUCGCCAAACCAGCCUUCCCACUUCCCUUCUUCGCCUCAGAAGCGCGCAUCGAAUCCCUUUGCGUCACCGACGAAAGGAGCGGGCUCUUUCGCUGCACUGGAGAAGGCCGAGCGGGAAAGGCUGAAGCAGCGGAAGAAGGAGGAGAAGGAACGGAAAGCCAAGCUGGUAGGCAAGGGAGGCGGAGGAGUACUGGGGACCAAGGCGACUGCUGCAGGCGCUGGAUGGGGCAGUGCGGCGACACUGGGCGAGAGGCCGUUUGCGAGGACUAGCUCGGCGGCGAGCUCAGCGAUGGAGGUCGAUGAGGUGGACGAGUUCUUCGGCGCGCCGGCGUCAUCCUUUUCUUCUCAACGUUCGGUAUUCUCCUCACAACGCUCACUUGCGCCAACUACGCAAGCCGGCCUCGACAGCGCCGGACUUGAAGAUGACGACGAGGUUUUCGGACCGUCACCGGUCAAGCCCUCCUCUUCGCUCGCCUCGAAGAAAUCUUUCAGCCUCCUGCCAUCCAUCGACGACGCCCCGCCGUCCUCUCUUCCCCUUUUUACACCUUCAUCAUCGCAGCCGGGCCCGAGCAAACCCUUCAAACCCCUUCUCCCGCCCGCCGCUUCUCCACAACCCGCCUCGCAAAUCUCCAACAAGCCCACACCAUUCGCGACAUCGCUUCCCUUCUCUUCCACCGCGGCUGCGGCAAGCGUCAACGGCACCGACGGAGAGAAGGAGGACUUCUGGGCCGACACGGCGAAGAAGGAGGAGGAAGCGAAGAAGGCCAAGGGUACGAGGGGUGGGAAGCGGAAGAAGGCUGGGGCUGCGGCGGACGAUGCGGCUGUGCCGUCGAAGCGGAAGGCGCCGGCGAAGCGGGCGGGGGGCAAGGGUAAGGCGAAGGCGAAGGCCAGCGAGGAGAACGAGGCUGGCGAGAUGGACUUCGAGGAGGAGGAGGCGGAGGAGGGAGACGGUCAUGUCGUCUCCUCGCAGAAGGGCGAGAUCGUGAUUGCGCUGUCGGACGAAGAGCAGGAAGGGGGAGGAAAGGCGCGGCUGAUCAUCCACGAGAAGGGGUGGAAGGCGAGAGCGGGGCGAAAGGCUCGACAUGCGAACUCGCAGAAGGAAAGGGAGGAUGGAGACGAAGAAGGAGACGAGAUGGUCGUCGACGUCAUGCAGAGCGAUCCAGGAUCGAAAGAAGACGAGGAGAAUGUGGACAACACAUGGCUUUUUACGCAGCGCGGCCGAACCAACCUCCUCUCGACACUCGCCGUUGCGCCGUCUAACGGCGCACCCGAGGCCGUCGACGAUCAGCCCGACACGUCUAAUCUCCCUGCCGACCUCGCCGCCAUCCUGUCGCUCCGCGCGAACUCGCCCCGCAAGUCGACCCAAAACGGCCGACACACGCUCUCCUCGCUUGCGAAGGAGCAGCAGGUAGCACGUUUGUUGGGCGAGCCAAUCGCAGGCCAAAGGCGGAAAGGCGGAUUGCUGGACCUGGCGGAUGAGGAGCAGGAUGGCGAGGCUGAAGGAGUCGAAGUCGAGGAUGGCGAGGGAGACGACGACUGGGAUGAGGAGGUGGACGGAUGGGAAGGUACAGGCGAGGCGAUGGAUGGGUAUUACUCGGGAGACGGCGAAGUGUGGUGA